UCUGUUAAAAACUAUAAAAGAGUUAAAACAUUUCUUUGUCUUUUUUUUUAAAUAUAUAAAACAUUUCUUUGUCUUUAUCUUCUCUUUAAUAAAAAAUUAUACAGAAAACUUUUAAAAAUAGCACUAUGCAAUACACAUGUUUGAUACCUUACAUCAAAGAUGUAGACUGUCAUUUUCUAAUGUAGCACAUGAAGCAUUUUGAAGUCACUGUAUCUUUUUCGUAGUAGCCUGGACAGACUCUACAUACGAAUAAAAUUUUCAUAUCUCUUUGAGUCUGCGUUGAAUCCGCUGAAAGUAUAAUGUUUUCUAUAGCUGAGCCCCUUUUCCAUAAUUACGUAAAUUAUAUAAAAUAAUCUUGUGUCUCAUAGUGGGGUGAUUUUGGUUUUCGCGGUACGAAUAGAUUACUGAAACACAUGUGAGACAUAUGCCUUUCUGAUUUCACGAUAAUCAACAUUAAAGAGAAUUCUCAAUAGGAGAUUGAUGUAAAUUAUACCCUACGUUGAAAUUGAAAUACUACAUAGAUACUGAAAUUCGCUUUUGUAAUAAUAGCAGCAGGGAAUAAGAGAGAGGGAAUGCAUGAUAUUGAUCAGUUCUUUCAAGAUUCAGAUUACAACAUUCUUCGAGUACUAUUAGGUGCCGUUGGUCUAUGGCCUUUUCAUACGCGAAACAGGCGUUAUACAAUAUACAUUGUAAUAAUGUUAUUACUCGGAUCUGCCUUAUUAUUCCAGCUAUUGGAUAUCAUUGCAAUCCGAAAUGAUUUCUUCGCAGUAAUCAAUACCAUACCGUUCAUAUUGCACUUUAUUAUAGUCAUAAAUAAAGCAAUCUGUUCGAUAUACAAAUUACCACAGAUAAAAAUACUUCUAAUAAUGAUGUACGAGUACCGUAUUUCUCCCAAAUCGGAUGAGGAAACUAAGCUACAGAAUUUGCACUCGCAAUAUGGGCGAAAGUUAAGCUACACUUACAUGGGUUGUCUAAUAGGCUUUUACGCUCUUUAUUAUUUAAUUGAUACAUUAUCGGUAAGAACUAUCCGUACGAAAUACAACGAGACUGAAGAGUUAUCAAACAAAACGCUGCAUUACCAGAUAUCAGGAAUAUCUAGUUCAAUUAAUUCUACAUUGGUUGAUGAAGACACGGAAUCCCUUCCAAUUUUUAUACAUUUCUUCAUGUGUGAUUGUGUAGCCAUAAUUUUAAUAAUCGUAUCCGAUGUUCUAUAUGUAACAGUGACCGAGUACUGCUGCGGUUUGUUUGCAGCUUUGAGAUAUCGGUUGGAAUUUGCGUUAAUAUUUGAUAACAAUGAAUUAACAAUAACAGAGGAUAAAUCUUACUCCAAUAUCGUGUACAGUAUUCGCAGACACAUAGAAUCAAUACAAUUUGUUACUAACAUGGAGUCAGUACUUAGCUUAAAUCUUUUUGUUCAAACGGGAUCGUUCGUACUUAUUAUAGCUUUACUGGUAUACGAGGUGACAAACAUAGGAAUCUUCAUGGGAAGAAGUUACAUUGUAAAAGCUGUUGCUUAUUUAAACUUUGUUUUAAUUAACGUAUUCUUUGAAAAUUGGCUGGGUCAGAAAAUUAUAGAUUCUAGCGAAAAAGUGUUUGAAUCCGUGUAUAACGCAGAGUGGUACAGUAUGCCGAUAAUAACGAGAAAGCUUCUCAUAAUGCUGAUGAUGAAAACGGAAAAACCAUUGAUGUUAAAAAUGGGUAAACUCUUUGAAUUGUCAUUUGCAACUUUUAAUACGAUUUUGCGUACAUCAUCGUCAUACUUUAUGCUACUACAAUCUCUGUAAUGGAUAUUUUGAACGUAAUUAGUAAUAUUUACAUUAUUACAUAUUAUCACAUUCUAAUACAAUAGAUAAAAAUCUUGUAAGAUCACACAUUGACAAAAUAACUUUCCUUCCAGUGCCUUUUUAUGUGGGUACUUAAAUAAAAC